AUGUCGUACCACGUCGCGAAGCGUCCGCAUCGCUUUGGGUCGGCGCUUCUUAGCGCAUGGCUGAUUGGCAUCCUCCUCUUGAAGCAGUGGCUCUCGCAUCCGCCGCACCGUCCGUCCGCUGCCACAACGUUGCUCUACGAGCGCCAUCGUCGCUUUCCGUCGCAACCCGAAGACUUCCACGUCCUUGUCACCGCCGUGGACGACACGUUUGCGCUCUGGAUCGAGUCGGCGUCGACGCGCGAGCUAUGGUCGUGGGCGCUCUCAAACAACGGUGCGACAGCAUCCGCCGACCUCCGCCGCAAUUCCGCCGGCGCCCUCGUCCUCGAGCUCACGAUCCCCGCGUGCUUUGGCGCCGUUGCCCGCUACGCGUUUCCCGUCGCACGGAUGCAACUGAACUCGGCGCAGGCGCUGCGCGCACGCCUCUGCGCCGCGGAAGCGGAGCGGGACCUCAUGGCGCGGCAGAUCAAGCAGAUCGAGCACGACCACGAUGCCGCGACACGCGCGCAACUGGCGACCGCCGCCCAGCGCAGCACGUACGAGGCGUGUGUGCGCAGAGCGAGCGAGGGCUGGACAAACGUGUAUCGGAACUGCGAGCAUCUUGCGCACGGCCGUCGCUAG